AUGACCAAAAUCGGCGUCUUCCCUGCUGCAGGUGGACUGGGAACCAGCAUCAUCAACCACCUCCACAAGCUGAAGCUGACGUCGGAUUUGAUUCUCAUCGCCCGCAAGCCAGAUAGUCUGGCUGAGUUCACCCGGGCCGGGGCCACGGUACGACGGGCCGACUAUGACGACCCCGCCACACUCAGGGGCGUCUUCGACGGCGUUGACGUCUUGAUGCUGAUCUCUUAUGCCUCGUUCGAGAUCGAGUAUCGGGUCGAGGCACACAAACGCGCCAUCGACGCCGCCCGUAGCAGCGGGGUGAAGCACAUCUUCUACUCAUCCCUCGCCUUCGCCGGAGAUUUGGAGCAGACUAGCGUGGCGCACGUGAUGGGUGCUCAUCUUCGGACCGAACAGUACCUGGCCGGACUGCCGGACAUCACCUACACCGCUAUCCGGGAGGGUCUGUACUCGGAGUCCUACCCGAUCUACACCAGCUGGUUCGAUAUCCACAACCCCGCAGACGAGAUCGCCAUCCCUCAUUCCGGGGACGGCCCCGGCGUUGCAUGGGCGAAACGCGAUGAGCUGGGCGAGGCCACGGCAAAGCUGGUCGCGCACUAUGCCAAGAAAUCGGAGGGGUUCCCGUACCUGAACCGGGUGCUGCUGCUCUCGGGUCCCAGAGUGAUCUCAUUGAAGGAGACGGUCGAUCUUCUCGGUCAGGCAGUUGGAAAGCCUCUCCGCAUCCGCGAGAUCUCCGUGGAUGAGUACGUCGCUCUGCCACAACAUGGGACGAAACACACCUACCACGGGAUUGACUUGUCGCGGGAGUGGGCGUCUGCGUGGGAUGCUAUCCGUCUCGGUGAGACGGCGGUGAUGACGCCGCUCCUGAGGGAGAUUCUGGGACGCGAACCGGAAAGCUUUGAAACGACCGUAAAUAAUCUGUCCGCGAGCAAAUAG